CAAAGCCCUCAGAUCUCACGUAGUGUGUCCGUGUGGGUCCUCUCCGGACUCAUAUCUGCGUGUUGUGUUUUCAAAGAGCUCUCUGGGGUGGAAAUAAAUCAAUCUAGAUGAGUUUCAGAGAGAGUUCAGCGCGAGACACUGGAUUCACACGCGCGCGCGCGAACGACCAACACGGGUUUGUUAACUUCGCACGGAUGAGUCUCUUUAUUGUAAACGACAAACACACAUCAAGGUACUAGAUGGUGGUUGUGAGGGAGAUACGUAAUGCUGAAGGGGCUCGUCCGGAGUCAGAAUGAGUGUCAAAGAUGGCGACGGGACAAGUAGCCAAGAUGGAAAGGCCUACGAACUUCAGAUAUACCCGCGACUGUCUGUCGAGACCACUUCGUGUUGCACGCUCAAUGUCACCAAGGAGGCCACGGCAGCUAACGUCAUCCAGGAUGCGUCAACUGUACUCGGGUUGGACGCUAGCAAGCACUACGUGUUGGCCGAGGUGAAGGAAUGCGGCGGUGAGGAGUGGGUACUGGAAUCUACAGACCUUCCGGUCCACCGGGUUCUUCUUUGGCCUCGGAAAGCCCAAGAACAGCAUGCUCAGAAGGAAGGAUUUUACUUUCUCCUCCAGGAACGCAACCACGAUGGUUCCAUCCGUUAUGUGCACCUGCCUGCCGUGGCCAGCGAGCAGGAUUCCAAGCGACUGGUCGCUCGGGGUUUCCUCCCUCCGCGGCAGGAGGACUUCGAGGAUCUUUGCAACCUCCCCCUGCUCAAUGAGGACAGCAUCUUGGCGAACCUCCGCAAUCGAUUUCAAAAGAAGAAGAUUUACACGUACGCUGGAAGCAUUUUGGUCGCUGUCAACCCCUUCAAGUUCCUGCCCAUUUACAAUCCCAAGUACGUCAAGAUGUACGAGAACCAUCAACUUGGCAAGCUGGAGCCCCACAUUUUUGCCAUCGCCGAUGUGGCGUAUUACACCAUGCUGCGCAAGCACGUCAACCAAUGCAUCGUAAUCUCAGGGGAAAGUGGAUCGGGCAAAACUCAAAGCACUAAUUUCCUCAUUCACUGCCUGACCGCUCUCAGCCAGAAGGGUUACGCCAGCGGAGUGGAAAGAACCAUCUUGGGUGCGGGACCUGUGCUGGAGGCAUUUGGCAACGCAAAGACAGCACACAACAACAACUCCAGCCGCUUUGGGAAGUUCAUCCAGGUGAAUUAUCUUGAAAGCGGAGUCGUACGAGGAGCCGUGGUGGAAAAAUAUCUGCUGGAGAAGUCUCGCCUGGUGUCCAGAGAGAAGAACGAAAGGAACUACCAUGUGUUUUAUUACCUGCUGGUGGGCGCGUCCGAGGAGGAGCGGAGGGAAUUCAAACUCCUCCAGCCUGAAGAAUACUUCUACCUCAAACAGGAAAACUUUAAGAUAGAAGAUGAGGAUGAUCUUCGGCACGACUUUGAGCGACUACAGCAGGCCAUGGAGAUGGUCGGUUUCCUACCGGCCACUAAGAGGCAGAUAUUCUCCGUUUUGUCUGCCAUCUUGUAUCUGGGUAACGUGACGUACAGUCAGAAGUCCACAGGUAGAGAAGACGGUUUGGAUGUUGGACCUCCAGAGGUCCUGUCCACCCUUUCAGAUCUGCUUAAGGUUAAGAUGGAGUUGUUGGUUGAAGCUUUAACCAAGAGGAAAACGGUGACGGUCAACGACAAGCUCAUUCUGCCGUACAGCCACAGCGAGGCGAUUACGGCACGAGACUCGAUGGCCAAGUCCUUGUACAGCGCCCUGUUCGACUGGAUCGUCCUGCGCAUCAAUCACGCUCUGCUGAAUAAGAAAGAUAUGGAGGAGUCGGUUUCGUGCUUGUCUAUUGGCGUGCUCGACAUCUUUGGCUUCGAAGACUUUGCUACCAACAGCUUUGAACAGUUCUGCAUCAACUACGCCAACGAACAACUUCAGUAUUACUUCAACCAGCACAUUUUCAAGCUUGAACAGGAGGAGUAUCAGACUGAGGGAAUCACCUGGCACAACAUUGACUACAUCGAUAAUGUCGGAUGUAUUCAUUUAAUUAGCAAGAAACCCACGGGGCUUCUCUAUUUACUCGAUGAGGAGAGCAAUUUCCCUCAUGCCACUGAUAAAACUUUGCUGGCAAAGUUUAAACAGCAGCACCAGCAGAAUCAGUACUUUGUGGCGACUCCGGUGAUGGAACCGGCUUUUGUCAUUUUACAUUUCGCUGGGAAGGUCAAAUACCAGAUUAAGGAUUUCCGUGAGAAGAACACUGAUCACAUGCGUUCGGAUAUCGUGGCCCUCCUGCGAAGCAGCGACCGAGCAUAUAUCCGGCAGUUGAUCGGGAUGGAUCCUGUGGCGAUGUUCCACUGGGGAAUCCUGCGUGCCACCGUCCGUGCGUUGGCCGCAUUCAAUGAGGCCGGCCGCCGGUGGGCUGCCAAGACUGCUGGUGUGGUGCGACCGAACUCCAGAGUUCCUCUCGGGGAACUGCAGAGAUCCAACAUGCCCAUUGAGAGGAUGUACCGCCAUGCCCCUAUGCUUGAUUUCUCCUUUGAUCACUCAGAGGAGCGCCCUCUAGAGGCCUUUGAGGACAUCUUUGCUAGUUAUGAGAGUAAAAAGGACAUGCAUGCCCAAAUCAUCAACUCUAUUAAGGACUUGCAGUUGGAUGGGGAAGAUCCACGCAAGCUGCUGCAGUCCUGGGGUCGCCUGCGGUUCCCCCGCCACGCCCUCCAGAAGAACAAGAACCCCAAGAGCAAGCAACUCAUUCCCAAGAACUUGUUGGACUCUCGUUCUCUGAAGUUCAUAGUUGGCCUUCAUGACCGCACAACCAAGUCUCUGCUGCAUCUCCACAAGAAGAAACGCCCUCCAAGCAUCAGUGCCCAGUUUCAAACGUCCCUGGGUAAGCUGCUAGAAACACUGGGAAGAGCAGAACCGUUCUUCAUUCGAUGUCUUCGAUCCAAUGCUGAGAAGAAGGAAAUGUGUUUCGAUGAGGCGCUCAUCGUGCAGCAGCUACGCUACACAGGGAUGCUGGAGACGGUACGCAUCAGGCGCUCAGGAUACGGAGCCAAAUACACCUUUCAGGAGUUCAUCGAGCAGUUUCGUGUGUUGCUGCCAAAGAACACUGCAUCCCUGGAGGAUAUUUCAUCUCUGUUGCACAAGCUUGGCUUUGACAACACUACCUACCAGAUUGGAAAAACAAAGGUGUACUUAAAAGAGCUUGAAAGGCAAAAGCUACAGGACAUCUUGCAUAAAGAUGUCAUGCACAAAAUCAUAUUCUUGCAACGCUGGUUUCGAGCCAAAAUGGAGUGGUGGGAAUUCAUUAGAAUGAAAGAGGCAGCCAUCUUGAUUCAGCGUUCGUGGCGUAGGUACCGCAGAGAGAGGUUCUACCGAGCUGCGGUUUUGAUCCAGGCGGCGUGGCGAGGCUCUAGACAGAGAAAGGAAUAUAAAAAAAGACGAGCUUCAGUGACGAAGAUACAGGCUGUUGCAAGAGGCCAGUCGGCUCGCAAACGGUACAACUCCCUAAAGGAAGAGAAAAUGAGGGAGGAAGAGGAAGCUCUGCGAAGAGAAGAGGAAGAGGCAGCAAAACGUGCCAGGGAAGCAGAUGAAAAAAACAGACAAGCUAAAGAAGCUGCGGAAGCCAGAAGACUUAAAGAGGAGGAAGAAAAAACGAGAAAAAUCAAAGAGGAAGAAGAAGCCAGAAAACUUGCACAGGUGGAAGAAGCGGCAAGGCGUGAACAAGAAGAAAAGUUGGAAGCCGAGCAGAAAGCUGUGGAACAGCAAGAGAAGACUGGACUACAGCAACCAACUGUAAAACCAUCAGGUCAACAACCUGAAAGAGACGAGACAGUUGUACCAGAAACUAGAGAAAAGACCCCUGUUAAGAUUGAAGACACGGGCAGAGCCCAUGUCCAAGUCUCAAAGGAGCAAAGAGAUUCUGAAAAGAUUAAUUGGGUUAAGGCUGGCCCUCAGUCUGAGGUGCCGAAGAACCAGCGCACAAAUGAGAGUGAAUCCUCCCCGCAUUCAGGAGAAGGUGUACAAGCUAAACCACCUGAACCCCAAACUGAUCCACGCCAAAGCAGAGCUCCUCCGCUCUCCAAACUCCCGGUGUCCAGAAGUCAGGAGAAGCGUGAGCUCCGGAGGCAACGUGGUCUUGAGCACAAUCAGAGAGAGAACCAACGGGCAGCUUCGGUUGGAAAUGACGACCCUUCCAUCAAAAGCAAAACUCUGGAAAGUCCAAGUAAAGCGGAGGGCAAAUUGAAGGAGCGGGCAGACAGCAAAGAGUUGGAUCAAUACACCUUCGUGGCUUGGAAGGUGGACAAGGUGAAGAGAGACGAGCUUGUCCGGCCUUCCACCUUACCCUUAGACAUCCCUGCUUCUGGAACUGAGAAAAACAGCUACGGUGACCCAGGCAUCAUCAACAGCAAAGCUGCACCUGUCAAAGAAGAUCCCAACAAGAGAAAGGAACCUUCUAGAAGCAACACUCAACCAGAGAAUCUCAUAACAGGACCGCGGAGUCUGGAGGACAAGAACAUCAAACUUCUCCAGAACCGAGUGAUAUCUGUAUCACUUGAUGACAUGUCCAGGAUAGGUUUAGACGGUUCAUCACAGGCACCGGUCAGAACUCAGAACGCUUGUGACGGAGCCAAGCACAGCACAUUAAAGGAGAGAAACCACGAGAGGCACCAGGACGCCUCCGUGCCGAUCCAGCCCUCCACCCCUGAGAGGACGACAGGGUUCUUCAGAAAGAUUCUGAAGAAAGGAAGGAACAAGGAAGCUCAGACCCCUGAAGAUGGAGAGUUGAGCAUGGCUUCGGCUUUGGAAGAGAGAGAAGCAUGUUCUCAGUCUCGCUCCCAACAUUCGAAGCCUCACUCCAGCCGGCCGGGUCGGACGCCAAGCAUUAUGAUCAGUCACUCGGCUGCGCGCUCGUCUGAGCAGUGGAACUCCUCGCUGAACCGUGUGAUCACCAACGCCAAUGAGCUGCGCAACCUCGAUGAGUUUCUGGGCAACCAGGUGAACGACUUGCGAUCGCGUGGAAAGCAGCUGUCAGGAACAGAGCACAUCUUCAUCACCGCGACCAUGCAGUUCAGAGAGAACAUCAAGAGCAUGUAUUCAUUUUCGAAACCGCAGAUCGCUUACAAGGGUUUAAUGAAUUCUUACCAAAAUAAAGUGAUCAGUCUGGCCGGAGAGAAGCAGAAGGAAGAGGUGGUGCUAGUGGUGAAUUUGUUCCAGUCUGUUCUGGAUGGCUUCAUCCGAGCGGAGAUCAAAAAAGAAGAGGCCGAACCAGCCAAGCCCCCCAAAAGCCGUAAAAUGAGGAGGAAAAAAGACAAAAGUCUGGAGAGUCCAUUGGACCACAUGUUUACACACUACCAAGUGAACAUCGUGCAGUUAUGUGACCAGUGCACAUCAUACAUCUGGGGCAUGGAGAAGGCCUACAUGUGUAGUUAUUGCAAAAUGGUUUGCCAUAAGAAAUGCAUCUGCAAAAUCGCCAUCGACUGCUCUACGUUCUGCUCCAAGAAGUGUGAAGAUGAGCCUGGAUCACAUCACUUCGGUGUGCGCGUGUGCAACCUGGUCAACGACAGGACCCCUGUUCCGAUCGUGUUAGAGAUAAUGCUGGAACACGUGGAGAUGAACGGCCUUUACACGGAGGGCAUUUACAGGAAGUCCGGCUCAGCCAAUCGCAUGAAGGAGCUAUAUCAGCUGUUGGAAGCAGGUCCUGAGAAUGUUUGUUUGGAGGAUUACCCCAUCCACGCCAUCACAGGUCUGGUCAAACAGUGGCUGAGGGAGUUGCCUGAACCCCUCUUGACCUUCACGCAUUACAACGACUUCCUUCGUGCCAUAGAAUUGCCUGAGAAACAGGAGCAGUUGCUCGCCAUGUACAAAGUCCUGGAGCAGCUUCCCACGGCCAACUUCAACACCUUGGAGAGACUCAUUUUUCAUCUUGUCAGGGUUGCAAAGGAGGAGAAGAGCAAUCGGAUGACUUCGAACUCUCUGUCCAUUGUUUUCGCUCCCUGCAUCCUCCGCUGUCCGGAUAGCGCCGAUCCCCUCUUGAGCAUGAAGGAUGUUGCCAAAACUACCACUUGUGUGGAGAUGCUCCUCAACGAACAGAUCCGGAGAUACAACGAGAAAAUGGAGGAGAUCGAACAGCUUGAAUACGCGGAAGCACUGGCCGUUAAUCAGCUAAAGCUCAAAAGAAAAAACACGUGCUGGCAUUUGCCUCUCAGGUUUAUCUCUCCUUACAAAGAAGUGCCGAUUCGGGAGAAACCACCCUCCGAUCUUUGUGCGGUGCCUGAGAAUGAGCCUUUGGAUUCGGACACGGAAGCAGAAUUAAGCCUGGUGGAGCGGAUCAAAUCCAUCAAGCAGGAGAAAGAGGACUUAGCUUGUAGGCUUCCUGAACUAGAACAGCCCGGUUCCGACCAGGAGAACCUGGAUUCGGAGGCGUCAGUCAGCUCUGAGAGUCUGCUAGACGAGCGAGGAAUCUGUCCGGACACGGAAGGACAAGCAAUGGUAGUGCCAAGGUUGUCCAAACCAGCUUGCCCUCCUACGUCUCCCAUCACGGUCCAGACAGACGACACAAGGGCUGACGGCCCCUCUCUCCCUUCACUGUCUUUUCCCAGGCUUCAACUUGAGCGUCGUCACCCCAUCAUCCCUGGAACAGUUAAACUGCCCGCAGGACUCCUGUGCCACCCGGCUGUACAGUCCUUCCCUCCCCGCAAAGCCCACUCCCUCACCCUCGUUUGGCGUCGCGAGCAACCCGGCCGCCGCAAGGACAGCAUCCAGUCCCUGUACAUCACGCCAGAGACCGAACUGCUCUUCCCAUCCUCACCCGCAGCCGCCACAGACACAGAUGCACGGGAGCUCCAAACCACCAGCAACAUCUCCAGGCGCUUCUCAAACCCGGACGUUGCUUUCGUAAAAGACGAGGUUUGAGUUUCAAAGCUGCCUGCUCUUGAAAAUACGGUUCUCGCUGGAUACUGGCCGUGGUCAGCCACCGAUGUCUCACUAGCACUUUUUCAUACUAAUAAUAUAUUGGAUUUUUUUAAGACCAUUUUAAGAAUUUUCUGCUGCAGACAGAUAAUGACGUGCAUCAACGUUUUAUGUUUGAUUUUUAUAGUACAUUUUUUAGAGUAAAGAAAAGCACCUUUUGGGACUUUUUUAUGAACAUUAAAAAUAACUGAUUUUAAUAACCAAUGCAUUCAUCUGAGAAAUCGCAACUUGAGGAUUUUUGUGCUCAGAUUGGUUUGUACAAGCAUGUCUUCAUUUCUCAUGAACCUUGUAGUUUUAGUUUCUUCAUAAAAGCUCUUUGAGUUUUUUACUGUGUGGGAAAGGGUGCAGCACAAGCCACUUUCCUCUCCGAAGAAAUGCCAUAACCGAUGGAUUUUUCCACAAUAACUUGUUUGAUUUUGAACUUUGUUGCUUCGGUAAGUGAUGUGACACUUCAGAUCCAUGUGGAUGACUUUAUGUAGAGCUAAAUGCAGUUGUUGCAAAGCUAUUAUAUGUGUAAUACUAAAGUCGAUGUUGUAUGUUGUCAUGUUUGGAAAGGAACGAAUGCUGGCUGGAUGAGUAUGAUGUAAAUUAUUACGUCACUUGGACUGUACUGUACGUGUCUGUUAGGAUGGUUAUCUUCAAAUCUUCAACGAGACAUUUUUACAUUUAAUGGAUAAAUCGAACUAAUUAUUUUCUUACAAUACAAUUUGUACUGGCCGCCAA